UUUUGCUUUAUAUAUAUAGAUAAUAUACACUUGUUUAGAAAUUAUUUGUAACAACAAAAUCAAAGAGAAGAUGGCCACGUCAAAUUCACAGCAUGAGGGCCACGUCGUUUUGUUCCCCUUCAUGUCCAAAGGCCACACCAUUCCACUCCUCCACCUCUCUCGCCUUUUCCUCGCUCGCGGCCUCCGCGUCACCAUUAUCACCACCCCCGCCAACCGCCCCUUCAUCGAUCAAUCCCUCGCCGAUACCUCAUCAGCCGCCGCCACCGUGGUCGACAUCCCUUUCCCUCAAGACACUGUCCCCGGAAUCCCCGUUGGUAUCGAAAGCACCGACAAGCUCCCUUCCCUCGACCUCUUCUUCCCCUUCACCAUCUCCACCGAGCACAUGCAACCCGACUUCGAACGGGCCCUCCAGACGCUUCCACGUGUCAGCUUCUUGGUCUCCGACUCCGCCACCAAGUUCGGCUUCCCCAGAUUCGUCUUCUACGGUUUCGCUAACUUCCCCAUGGCGGUGGGCACCUUGGUUGCCGAGAACCGGCUCCUGGAGGGGCCCGAGUCAGACACCGAGUUAAUCACGGUGACUCAGUUUCCUUGGAUCAAAAUUACCAAAAAGGACUUCCACGAAUCUUUUAGAGACAGUAGCACUGAUGCUGCUCAACACGAAGCCUUUGAGUUCAACAUGAGAAGUGUGGUGGCAACCGUCCGUAGCUUCGGCAUGAUCGUCAACAGUUUCUAUGAGCUCGAGCCAGUCUUCACCGACUACUGGAACACAGAGUGUGGGCCCAGGGCCUGGUGUGUGGGCCCUCUUCUCCAGCUGUCACAAGAUGAUGAUAUUAAUAGCACUAAUGAUGAAGAUGAUGAUAAGCCCAUGUGGAUUGAGUGGCUAGACCAGAAGCUGGAGGAGGGAAGCUGGGUUUUGUACAUUGCGUUCGGGUCACAGGCUGAGCUGUCAGCUGAACAGCUCCAAGAAGUUGCUAAAGGGUUGGAGAAUUCGAACGUCAACUUUUUGUGGGUUGUGAAGAAGAAGAGUGGCGCUACAGCGUCCGAUGGAUUGACCAAAGAGUUUGAGGAGAGAGUGAAAGGGAGGGGAAUGGUGGUCAAAGAGUGGGUUGACCAGAGGCGGAUUCUGAUGCAUGGGAGCGUGCAGGGUUUUUUAAGUCACUGUGGAUGGAAUUCAGUGCUGGAGAGCAUUUGCGCCGGAGUGCCGAUUCUGGCUUGGCCCAUGAUGGCGGAGCAGCAUCUGAAUGCGAGGUUUGUGGUGGAGGAGAUGAAGGUGGGGCGGAGGGUAGAGACGUGUGAUGGUUCAGUCGUGAAAGGGUUUGUGAAGUCAGAGGAGUUGGAGAAGAUGGUCAAGGAGUUGAUGGAGGGAGACAAGGGCGAGGAGGUGAGGAAGAAGGUGAAGGAGUUUGCUGACUUGGCAAGCAAGGCUGUGAAGGAAGGUGGGUCGUCGUGGCGGUCGUUGCAGUCGCUUAUUGAUGAGACAAUAGGCAACAAGGAAGAGAAAUCAAUGAGCAGUUGAUGAUGGGGUGUAUACGUCGCUUUAAUUUAUCAAUAUUUUAUUUAUUUACAAAAAUAAUAAAAUCUUGGUAAGUUUGUAUUUAUAAUUUAUCUACCAUCUGCAAAGGACCCACUAAUGUAGUUGUUUGGAGUAAUCGUUUGCUCAGACAAGAUAUUGGGUUCGAGUUCUAGCA